AUGAAUAAAUCAUUGAAUUGUGUGCAAAGUAAAAAAUUUGACAUUUCACAUUAUUUACAAGGCUCUUCUUCCGGAAUGUUAAACAACCUGCUUCCAAUUUUGAUGGCUAUCUUAUGUAUAAUGAUUAUAAUCACCGCAAUUAUCAUUAUCUGUUUUACUACACCAAAAUCUGAAGUGAAAAAAUGUGAACUCAAUUUUGUACGGAAGAAUUCAAAUCCAAUUGAAUAUAAUUAUGGUCCACAAGCAGUUUCUUUGGGAGAUUUUAAUAAUGAUUCGUGGAUGGAUAUGGUUAUUGUUAAUUCACUCGUGAAUCAAAUUGAUAUUUAUUUCGGAUUAAAUGAUGAAACAUUUUCAAAGGAAUUUUCGUAUUCAACUGGAAUUUCUUCAAACCCAAUAAUGUCUGCUGUUAAUGAUCUGAAUAAGGAUUCCUAUUUAGAUAUUGUAGUAGCUAAUUAUGGAAGGCAUUCAAUUGGAAUAUUCUAUGGAUAUGUUGCGGGGCAAAGGACAUAUUCAACUGGUAAUAAUUCAUAUCCAUAUUCUGUCGCUGCAGGUUACUUCAAUGAUGAUGUUCAAUUAGAUCUUGUUACUGCGAAUUUCGGGUCUAAUACGAUUGGCGUUUUUCUUGGAUCUGAUAAUAACUCCUUUAUCAGCCAGAGAACGUAUUCAACUGGUUCAUAUUCAUCUCCUUAUUCUGUUGCCGUUGGAUAUUUUAAUAAUGAUACUCGAUUGGAUAUUAUUGUUAUUAAUUAUGAUAAUAGCAAAUUUGGAAUUUUUCUUGGUCAUGGUGACGGAACAUUUGAUGGAAUUAUUUUAUUUUCAAUGCCUUAUGGAUCCCAUCCAUUCUCUCUAGCUCUUGCUGAUUUUAAUCGUAAUGGAAAGCUGGAUAUUGCUGUGAUUAAUAAUGGAACGGAUAGUUUAAGUCUUUACUUACAAACUUGUUAA